AUGCUCUACGCUUUGGUCUCCCUGCUCAUUUUCCAAGGGUCUGUAGCAGCUAUCCCUGGACUCGCGUCAUCUUUUGCUGGGUCUACAUCUACGGCUGUCUUUCCUCCUCCAAAUGCCACCAUAGGUGAAUCCGAUAGCUCCUUCCCGGAUGGUUCCCAAGUGGGCUUUGCAGGUCCAACACCGACCGGUGAUGAGGCGAAUGCAAUCACAACUGCCCCCUCUAUCGCGAAGGUGGACUCAGUCUUUCCUCUGGUCAAGCCACAUGCGUCAAACACUGGAAGUUCAUCCUUCGAUGUUUUACAGAACCUGGGCAAUCUUUCUCCUUGGCAAUCAGUUGCAUCUUUCGGACUACCUGACACGUCUCCUGUGGUUCCAAAAGGAUGCAGUUUGAACCAGGUUUAUCUCCUCAAUCGUCAUGGUGCAAGGUACCCAACGUCCGAUGCUCCAACUUCCAAAUUCUCAGCAAAUAUCCAUGCUGCUGCGAGUGGUGCUGGCUUCACAGCAUCUGGUCCUUUGGGUUUCCUAAAUACAUGGACAUACAAACUUGGAGCAGAGAUACUCACUCCUUUCGGUCGGUCGCAACUUUUCAGCCUAGGGGUUGGGUUUAGAGUCAAGUAUGGCAACCUUCUCAAGGGUUUCACGAAGCUGCCUGUCUUCCGUACGACUUCAGAAGAGAGGAUGCUUGAUUCUGCGCUUCAUUUCGCGGCUGGCUUCUUUGGCGUUCAGACUUAUCAGCAAGAUUAUCACCAGUUGAUCACGAUCGAGAAUGACGGACAAAAUAACACUCUCGCCCCGUACUUUGAUUGCCCAAAUGCCAACAAUGCGGUCGAGGGAUUCGGCUCCAUUCAAAGCACAAAAUGGGCAAACACUUACUUGCAACCGACGUUGAAGAGGUUGUCGCCGUUUAUCAAAGGCUACAAUUUGACGGUGCCAGAUUUGAUUGGCAUGCAGGAGCUGUGUGCAUACGAGACCGUUUCGCUCGGGUUUUCCGACUUCUGCGACCUCUUCACGGAGGAAGAAUGGAAGGGCUUCGAGUAUUUCAUUGAUCUUGGAUUCUGGUAUGGCGCUGGACCGGGAAAUCCAGCUUCUAGUGCCCAAGGAAUCGGCUAUGUGCAAGAGUUAGUUUCGCGCCUGACGCAGACUACGAUUACUAGCUUCGACUCCACGGUAAAUGCGACCAUUGUCACGAACCCAGUGGUCUUCCCGUUAGACCAACCUAUAUAUGUAGACAUGAGCCAUGAUACUGUCAUGUCAACAAUUUAUGUCGCCAUGAACUUCACCGGUCUCGCAGCCAAUGGACCUCUUCCUACAGACCAUGUCCCGAAGAACAGGACAUAUUUCGCCAACCAAAUUGCGCCUUUCGCCUCCAAUCUCGUAGGACAGGUUCUUUCUUGCCCUGCCUCCAACCUGCCAACACAUAUUCGUUGGCUCUUGAAUGAUGCUGCCGUUCCCCUCACUGGCAUCAACGGCUGCAAACACAACAGCGAUGGACUAUGUGAUAUCAAUACGUUCAUUGCUGGGAUGAAGCAGCGGAUUGCAGAGGUAGAUUUCAACUUUGAUUGCUUUGGGAAUUACACUAUUCCAAUUCCUGACAAUAUUGUUGACGGUCAAUUCCCUAAAAAUCUGAGAACUGCCUAG